AUGUCAGCCUCCGACCAGCUCGGGCGCCAGACGCGAUCACCCGCCGUCCGUCGGAACGGGUCCUUGCAGUCGUGCGAGCCGUGUCGCAAGUCCAAACAGCGCUGCGAUCAUGGCAGGCCCGUCUGCGCCCGAUGCACCACGAAGAAGAUCGCGGCGAGAUGUUUCUACCACCCCGCCCCCAUGACCAAACAAGCAGCCGCGCGCAGGGCGGCCUUUCCCCCACAGUCUCAGGGACUCGCCCAACAUUCGAGUACUACCGCGCAGCCACCUCAUGCCCCGAUCGAAUCACCCGCAGCUUACCCUGGUUACUUGGGGUCGACAAGCUACACGGCGAUUCUUGCUGAAUAUCGGACCGAGCUUGCUCUUGAAGCAGAGGACAGUACCGUGUCUGACCCAUUUGCCCGGUCAAUCGACCCUGGACGCCUCCAGUCUGGAUUGAAGUUGCUGAAGCUGCUGCACAACCUUCGGAUCUGCGACAACUUGCUUCGAAGAUACUACUCCCGGGUCCUGGUGGCCGUCAUCCCAGAAGUCAUUGUGACCUCCAUUAUGCGCUCCAUCCGGGAUAUUCUCGACAAUCUCGAUACCGGGCAGGAUAUGGAAGGUCAGCUCGAAGACCUAGUCGGCAAAAUAUCGCAAAAUACCUCCAGACCAUUGUCGACCCGUGGUUUGAUGACGGUGGAACAGUAUUGCGCAACGUUUACCGGUGGGAACCUACGCUGGGAAGCCAUUGGAAUUGUCUUUGCGACUUCCGGAAUAUCACUCAUGUCUACACCGGACAGCGACCCUGAUCUGAACCAAGUUGCGACAGAUAAUCAGACUAGAGAUAGACUCCGAGCUCAGCUUGUCGAAGCUAGCGGUACAUGCCUGAGCCUUUGUGACCAAGCGUCUUCGGUUAAUGAGCUGUUGGGCUUUUGCCAGUACAACGACAUGGCCCUUCUUACGCAUCACUAUGGUGACUCUUGCUACCAAUCCUGGCGUCGUCUUGGUGACCUUUCUGCCACUAUAUAUGCAGCCGGACUGCAUCAGGAAAUUUCUCAGCCCGACGACUGUCCCUUUUUUCUUCGCCAGUGGCGAAGAAUGUGCUUUGCAGCUGCCUUUGCGGCAGACAAAAAUGUGGCUACGUUCGUGGGACGGCCCCCAUAUAUCAAUCACCGCUAUUGCACGCUUGCACCCCCGCUAGAUGUCAGUGAGCCAAGGCUGGUCGUCGGUGGGGAUGCUCUAGAUCAAUCGGUCUCAGAGCUAGAUAACUCGGGAUGGGCAAUCACAGGAGAUAUUAACCGAGUAAGUGUUUUACGUCUCCGAUUCAUCUUCGCGGUGUUUAGGGAACAAGCCCUUGAGAUAGCCUUGGGGACCAGUGAGAACUGGGAUCUGGUUCAAAAAUCUACUCAAAUUAUCGAGAAAGCGCGAGAGACUUGGGAAGCGUGUCCCGCUCGUCUGCGAUACGACGCUCCUGGACAAAAGCAUGCCGAGCCAUCUCCUCUGUCCUUCACGACGCUUCACAUCUAUUUAGAUUAUCUAUAUACCAUUUUUCUUCUCCGGCGGACUGUCGUGAAACGGACAGACACAGAGAAGGAGGCUCUCUUCGAUACAUCGAGACUGAUACUUUCCAUCGUCAUCAAAGCCAACGGCGACCAGGAUUCCGUCCUAGACUUGAGGAGACACCAUGCUUGGGUUCUGCUCUACUACGGCCUCCCUAGUGCCAGCGUCCUCACCCUCGAGCUUCUGCACCAGAAUCAAGGGAUCGGGACCUACUCUACCGUGCUACCGCGUGCCGAAACGAUUCGAAACCUGAGCGUGUUCGUAUCGUGUUUGUCCUGGGUCGCGCGACCCGGCCACGGCAACUAUCACACGUGCAAGGCCGUGGAGAAGAAACUCUCUCAUAUCCUCGACCAGAUUCUCGACCCCCAACCCAUGGCGGGCGACCUUUUCAACGACGCCACCUCGGGCUUGUCCAGCUUCCUGGACUGGUCCAACCCCAACGGCUGGGACUUCACCUCGGAGUAUCUCGACGCAUUUACUCUGUGA